GAGUGAUCUGAUCCCCCUGCAAGCGCGUGUGAACAUCACCACUUCGUCUUCUUCUCCUCCCCCUCACUCCCCUACUCACAACAUUGAAUCUUUCCACGCAGCAAAGAAACAUAGCCAUCAUGGUCUCCACGCGCGCCUCGUCACGCGCCGAUGAGCGCCCUCUCUCCUCCUCCGGCAAGCCCAGCAGCAGCAGCAGCAGCAGCAGCAGCAACCCCACGCAAGGCUCGUGGUCGCACGCGCCCUCGCGCCUGACGCUCCUCUGGCUCGCCAUCUCCAUCCCCCUCGUCGUCUGGGACACCGUCUACGUCCUCGGCAGACCCCACACCAUGGCCGGCGGCUUCCUCCACUGGCCUCUCUACGUCCCCUACGCCCUCUACGCUGAGAUCGACUACGUGUACGGCUGGAAGGCGGUGCACGACAAUCUCGGCUUCACCAGCGCCCAGGGUCUCCUCAAUGCCGUCGAGAUCGCCAUGUACCUAGCCUACCUGUGGAUGUGCUACGAGCGCGGAUCCUGGACGCUCGACGGGCGGAGGGGUGGCAAGGCGGCCUUGGUGGGCCUCAGCGCGGCUGUCAUGACCCUGAGCAAGACGGUCCUGUACUGGGCGAAUGAGUACUACAGCGGUUUCGCUGGCAUUGGACACAAUGCGCCCAUGGACCUGCUCUUCCUCUGGAUCAUCCCCAAUGGCGCCUGGCUGGUGGGCUCAGGCUAUAUGAUCUUUGACUUUGGCGGAAACAUCCUCGACGGGUUGGCGAUGGCGUCUGAGCACAGGAAGAGCGCGUAAUCGCACGUCGAUGUAUACGAGCUUAUGAGAAAAAGACCAAGGCUUUUCUAUAUCUUGAAAAGGGGUUGAAGGAGCACACUUGAAAGUAUCAUGGCACAGGUACAGUAGACGAUUUAUUCAUUCCGAGCCGCUGAGUAGCGCGGUGCUCAAGACAUGUAUACUCAAACACCGUUAUUUGUAAGCGCUUUCUUUGUAUGCACCAGCUUUUCAAGAGAUU